GGGGAAGUAAAUCCUUUCAUUCGCAAUUACAGUCUACAGCUUUCCCGUCGAGUAGUUGAAAAAAUAUGUCCGUUGCCUCCUGCACCAUCGCCGGCGGCCAUCACCACCACCACGAUAAUCUUACUUCUCACGGUGUUAGCAACUUUUCUUCACCAUCUUCAUCAUGUUAUCACCGCUGUAAUUUUCCUAUUAUGAUUCGAAGCAUAUCCACAGUCAGACCUCUCUCUUUCAUCCUUAAUCGAAAUUCUGUUGCUGCCGCUGUAUCAUCAAGUAGUUCAACGAGAAAUAUUAGUAGUUCUACUAGCAAUGAUAUCAGUUUCACUUGGGAUGAUGUCUUUCAAAUAUCUCAACGGCGGAAUGUUUCAUCAGAUCUCAGUGGAUUCUUUCAGAAGAUAAAAUCAUGUAACCGAGGCUGGGAAAUGCGUUCUGAUUUCAUUCCCUUUGUCAUCGAGGACCAAAUUGUUGGCUAUGUUCAUAACGGUUUUCUUGACCAUUUAAGCAAGUUCAAGGACGUUUUCACUUACAUCAAAGGUGAUUCAUAUGGUAGUAGUCAAUCUGGCCAUGUCACAUUACAAUCUGCAUUGAAAACACCUGAGCAUAGAACUGAAGCCCUUGGAAAUGUAGUCAAGUGCUUAGGUGAAGAAGUAAUUCCAGGUAUACGAAAUGAGCUAUAUCCUGUUACUUCAUCUUAUGGAGAACAAAUUUAUUUCUCACUGGAACGUGCAGCAGCACCUUACUUUGGGAUAAAUGCUUAUGGAGUUCACAUGUGUGGAUAUGUUGAAAAAGAUGGAGAAAAAUACAUGUGGAUUGGGAAAAGAAGUGAAAUGAAACAAACCUAUCCAGGAAUGCUUGACCAUCUUGUUGCUGGAGGAAUGCCCCAUGGAAUCUCACCUGGAGAUAAUCUUGUAAAGGAAUGUGAGGAAGAAGCAGGAAUCCCAAGUUCCAUUUCUAGCAGAGCUAUACCAGUUGGUGUAGUCUCCUACAUGGACAUUGAAGGUUCUAGAUUCAAGAGAGAUGUUUUAUUUUGUUAUGAUCUAAAGCUUCCGGAAACUUUCGUUCCCAACAAUCAGGAUGGAGAAGUUGGAAGCUUUAAACUACUCCCUGUAAUACUUGUUGCUGACGUCAUCAGAAAUACGAAUUUCUUCAAAGCAAAUUGUAAUCUUGUCAUCAUUGAUUUCCUUUUUAGACAUGGGUUCAUUAAACCAGAAGAGGUUGGGUACUUGAAGCUGUUACAAAGCUUGAGAAGUGGAGAUUGUUCCUAAAUAAAAAAAAUAAUAAUAAAAAAUUAAAUUGGAGAGAAAAUGUUUCUUUUCAUUUCAAUUAAAUAAACUUUUAUCCCAUUACCUGAUUUAAUUUGUUUCUUGAUUUUUAUUUAUUCCUUUAACCCUGAAACUAAAUUCAUCUUAUGUUAAGUUACUGAUCAUGAUAAACCAUCAAAUC